AAAAGACCUUUAAUUUGUACUCUAUCUAUCACAUACUUUUGUCUAAUUUGUGAACCCUGUGGUUAUUUUAUUUGUUUUCUGCAAUUCCUAAUUGAUUUAUGUAUUUCUUGUAUGCGUGAAUUUGUAUAGGAAUGCUGUUUAAAUGGAAUCAACAAUGGAGAAUUUGACGGAGAUGGAAUCAGCGAUGGAGAAUUUAAUGGAAAUGGAGAGUGAGAGAGUUGAACAGGGCACCGAUAAGGAAAUUGAAAGUGGAGAGCAGAGGCAGGAUGAUGUAAACGAAACGGAGAAUGAGAAUCCAGGAGAGACAGUGGGAGAGGAAGCUCCUGUCAGGGAACAUGAAGAUUCUCCAUGUCCCAUGGUCAUUGAAGAAGGUACUUCUCUAGCUUCCCUUGAGGGUGGGACCAAUGCUGAUGAUCUGCCGAAGAUUGAUGAGGAAACCCUUGAUGAGAAGAAUUCCCAAUUAGAAACAAGCCCUUCUCCUUCAGUAGCUUUAGACACUGACGAAGGGUUAAUCAACCCUACUGUGGAAGACACUGUAGAACAGAACACAGGGUCUAGCGAAUUAAGUUCGGAUAUCUUGAAAGAUGACGGAGAUGCUGUCAAGGUUGACAGAUAUACUGCAGUAGUCCAUGAAGAAACGGCCAAAGUACCUGACUUCAAACUCUCGGAGGAGGAAACAGGAUCACCGCAUCAUCAUGCUAAUAUUGUGAUGGAGCAGGAAAAAGCUGCAGAAGAACAUGACAUGAUGGCCUCAGGAGACCAUGACGAAUUUCCAGUCAAUCCUGAUAACAAACACUCGGAAGAAAAAGGAACAUUGCAUCAUCAUGCUAAUACUGUGAUGGAGCAGGACCAAGCUGCAGAAGAACAUGAGAUCAUAUCCUCAGGAGACCAGGAGGAGUUUCCAGCGAAUUCUGAUACCAAAGUUGUUGAGGAGAACAAUGAUAGUAUGGAUGAGGGUGAGGCUAACAAUAUGAAUUUGGCUGGCGAUGGAAGUGGACCAGACGACCAUGAUCGUGGGACCAUAACAGAGCUUGACAAAGGGCUUGAGGUGCCUGGUUCUGAGACCAUAUCAGAACUGGAGGAUAAGCCAUCUGAGCCUCUCUCCGAAACCUCAAUGAACGUGGAAAAAGAACUAGGCAUGCCUGCCACUGAAAAUUUGACAGACAAUGACAAAAGCUCUGAUGUGUUGGCAGUUGGAGUUUCAGGCGACAGUGACAAAGGGUUAUCUGUCUUGCCCGCCACCCAAACUUCCUCUGAUCAUGAUGAAGGAAUGACUACAGUUGAUGCUGAACCUACGGAAGACAUGAAACUUGAUGUUCCAGAUUCUAAAUUGGUUGCUGAUACUACUGUUGACUCGACUAAUAACAAGGAUGCCAAUGUUGAGGCUAAUACUGAAAAGCAAGAUAAUUCUAGUGCACUUGUGCUAAAUGAUGCAAAUGAUAAAAGUGCACCAGUGAGACGUGAACCCGGUCCUCCUUGUGUUGCAUCUUCUAAUAUAAAGUCUGAAGCGCGGGGUAGUGGAGAUUUGAACAAUGGAGUCCAUAAAAUAGUUCGGACACCACCUGUCUUUGAUGGGACCAUGCGCGCAAAGCGCUCUUUCCUCUUGGAUGAUGCGUCUGACGGUAAUGAAUCUGGAACGGAAGAGGACCAAUCUGCUUUUAUGAAAGAAUUGGAUUGUUUUUUUAGAGAGCGAAACAUGGACUUCAAACCUCCAAAAUUUUAUGGGGAGGGACUGAACUGCCUCAAGUUGUGGAGAGCUGUAACUAGAUUGGGCGGAUAUGACAAGGUUACUGGAAGCAAAUUAUGGCGGCAAGUGGGAGAAUCUUUCAGGCCCCCAAAGACAUGUACAACAGUAUCAUGGACUUUCCGAGGUUUCUAUGAAAAGGCUCUUCUUGAAUAUGAGCGGCAUAAAGUUAGUGGAGGUGAACUUCAGAUACCCCUUCCGUUGGAACUAGAGCCAAUGAACAUUGAUAAUCAGGCGUCUGGAUCAGGGAGGGCUAGGAGAGAUGCAGCAGCACGUGCUAUGCAAGGUUGGCAUUCACAGCGUCUUAAUGGUAACGGUGAAGUUAGUGACCCUGCAAUCAAGGAUAAGAACUUAGUUAUUCAUCAAAAGCGCGAAAAACAGAUUGGAACCACCCCUGGUUUGCUCAAACGCAAGAGGCCAGCUGAACAUGGUGCAAAAAAUGCCAUCCAAGUAUCUAAACCUAUGUUGGAUGUUACAGUUGUUGAUGUUGGACCACCAGCUGACUGGGUGAAGAUUAACGUACAGAGGACGCAAGAUUGCUUUGAGGUGUAUGCAUUAGUCCCAGGACUAGUCCGUGAAGAGGUCCGAGUCCAAUCAGAUCCAGCUGGGCGGUUGGUAAUAAGUGGCGAACCCGAGAACCCUAUGAAUCCCUGGGGAGCGACUCCUUUCAAAAAGGUGGUAAGUUUGCCGACGAGAAUUGAUCCACAUCACACAUCGGCUGUGUCAAGAUUCAUAAUAAAGUCUUUAUUAAGCGCAGCUGGAGGUUUCUUACUUGGAUCUGCUCUCUCAAAUCCGCCGUCUCUAGCCACCGCGUUUUCUUCUUCCUCCUCCGCUUCCUCCUCCGCUACCGCCGCCGUCAAUAUGGAAACUCACAAAACCAAGGUUUGCAUCGUCGGAAGUGGUCCAGCAGCACACACGGCGGCGAUCUAUGCAUCUAGAGCGGAGCUUAAGCCUCUUCUCUUCGAAGGAUGGAUGGCUAACGAUAUCGCUCCCGGCGGUCAAUUAACGACAACCACCGACGUCGAGAACUUCCCUGGAUUCCCUGAAGGUAUCCUCGGUGCUGAGAUCGUUGAGAAAUUCAGAAAACAAUCGGAGAGAUUUGGUACGAAGAUCUUCACGGAAACUGUUAACAAAGUUGAUUUCUCAUCGAAACCGUUUAAGCUAUUCACUGAUUCGAGAACUGUUCUCGCUGAUUCUGUAAUCAUUUCUACUGGAGCUGUUGCUAAACGUCUUAGCUUCACUGGAUCUGGUGAAGGUAACGGUGGUUUUUGGAAUCGUGGUAUCUCCGCUUGUGCUGUUUGCGACGGAGCUGCUCCGAUUUUUAGGAAUAAGCCUUUGGUUGUUAUUGGUGGUGGUGAUUCGGCUAUGGAGGAAGCGAAUUUUCUGACUAAGUAUGGAUCUAAGGUUUAUAUAAUCCAUAGAAGGGAUACGUUUAGGGCGUCUAAGAUUAUGCAGCAGAGAGCUUUGUCUAACCCUAAGAUUGAAGUUAUUUGGAACUCUGCGGUGGUGGAGGCGUUUGGAGAUGAGAAUGGCAAAGGUGUUCUUGGAGGAUUGAAGGUGAAGAAUGUUGUUACUGGAGAGGUUUCAGAUUUGAAGGUUUCUGGAUUGUUCUUUGCUAUUGGUCAUGAGCCAGCUACGAAGUUUUUGGAUGGGCAGCUUGAGCUUGAUGAAGAUGGUUAUGUUGUGACUAAGCCUGGUACUACAAAGACGAGUGUGGUUGGUGUAUUCGCUGCUGGAGAUGUUCAAGACAAGAAGUAUAGACAGGCUAUCACUGCUGCAGGAACUGGGUGCAUGGCGGCUUUGGACGCAGAGCAUUACUUACAAGAGAUUGGAUCUCAGGAGGUUGGAUUUUGUGCCAAGUUGUAAACUCUUUAGUUGUCACAGCUUCCACCAAAUUCAUCUUUUAAGAUUUGUUCCUCAGGUGAGAGGACUUUUAUAUUUUUCAUUCUCUUUUAAUUUGAUUAUGUAAUCACAAUUUAAAUUGAACUAGGGGUUACUCCGGGCUACGCCCGGACAUAUCUUUGAUAUUUGACAUUUGCCUUCAUGGCAUCAACAACUUCACCCAAUUAAGGAGCCGUUACAGAGCAAUACAGCUAAAAUAUUUAC